AUGGGUUCCGACUCAAAGCCUAGGAGUGUUUCUCCAUUUACGCCGGUGAACGAGAACCAGUCUCGUGCUGAAAUUAAGAAUGAGACCAAAACGAUUUCGGAUUCAAUCCUUGGUUUACGAUUUGCGACUGCUACUUGUGGGGGUGGUACAAAAUAUGCUCAGUUGCCUCACUUGAACACUGCCUUGGAGUAUCCGAAUACGAAGGUGGAGAUGCCAGAUCCUACCCGAACCAUUAACAGCAACGAGGCAUUUGUUUCGAGUCUCAAGGAGCAUAGUGAGCAUCAAAAGCAACAACAGCCAUCGCUUCAACUACAUAAUUCUGUCCAACAAAGUAGAGGCCGGUCGAUCUCCACUGCCGAACGGCGGCUUAAGAGUACCACCACCCAGAUUCCACCUCCUUCAAUCCUCUCUUCUGAAAAUUCCAAUACGAAUUUGAGUUUUGUAUCUCGCUCAUCCAGUACGGUGUCAUUUCAGGUGGCUAAAUCGAGAACCAGGGGAUCCAUCUCCGUGAGACCCACUCCCGGUAAAACGGGGGCGGUUGAGUUCGACUUGGCGUCGGUUCCAUGUUCUAGACAUACUUCCGUUACUUCGGCCACCACCCUUGAUACUAUGGAAGUUUCAGGCAGGGCAGGUCCAAUUCCAGGCUCACGUCCUGAGAUCAUCCCAGCUUCUCAUCGUGUCAGUUCUCCUGUUUCCUUCGAGUUGCCAGAACGCCAACAUCCUCUUCAACACUUCUCUUUUUCUAAUGGAGAUUCUGUUCAUCGGAGAAGCUCUCCAGAAACCCCAGGUAUAAUCACACCUCCGUUGGGUAGUGCGUUCAAGACUCGCAGCAGAUCUAGCACACCUAAGAAGACAAUAACCAUUGGAAGAGAUGAACCAGUUCAAACUCCAAUAAUUCCUUUGCCUACUUCCAGAAUGUUCAAGACUGUCAUAGCAUCACCGAAGGGUCCCCUGAUCCCCUUCACUGAAUAUCUCAGUAAAGAAGAUGACAAUAAGAUUCAUAUCUUGAUCGGUGUCACUGGUUCCGUGGCAACCAUUAAGAUUCCUUUAAUCAUCGAGAAGUUAUUCAAGGUGUAUACGCACGAGAAGGCUUCGAUUCAGUUGGUGGUGACUCGAGCAGCGGAGCAUUUCUUAAGGGGAAUGAAGAUUUCUUCGGAUGUGAAGAUUUGGAGAGAGAACGAAGAAUGGUCGAAUCCUCUUAAACGGCCUGGAGAUCCGAUUUUGCAUGUGGAAUUAAGAAAAUGGGCUGAUAUAUUUUUGAUUGCACCGAUGAGUGCCAACAGCUUGGCCAAGAUAGCUAACGGAUUGGCCGAUAAUUUAUUGACUUCGAUUGUUCGUGUCUGGAAUCCAUCUAUACCUAUUCUCAUUGCUCCAGCCAUGAAUACGUUCAUGUAUACACAUCCAGUGACGAAAAAACAUUUGAUUGUUUUGCAGGAAGACUUCAAGUUUAUCGAGGUACUUAAGCCUAUUGAGAAGGUUUUGGUAUGCGGAGAUAUUGGAAUGGGAGGAAUGAGAGAAUGGAGUGAGAUUGUCGAUAUAUUGGUAAGGCGUUUGAAGAAGAUUAAGAAGAUGGAGAUAAGAAAGUUAGAAGAGCAUGAAGGAGAUGGCGAUAAGGGAGAUGCAGCGAGGGAGAAAGCAAGAGAAGGUGAAGAGGAAGAGGAGGAAGAAGACAAUGAUGAGGAUGAGAAUGACGAUGACGAUGACGAUGAGGAUGAGGACGAUGAUGACGAUGACGAUGACGAUGACGACGAUGAGGACGAUGAUGACGACGACGGUGAAGAUAUCGAUGAAGAUGAUGAUGACGACGACGAUGAUGACGACGACGACGAUGAUGACAGCGACGACGAUGAUGAUGACAAUGAAAACGAUGGUAGCAACGAAAACUUCCAGGAUGCCGAAUCCAACAUCAAUCAAGAUUUUCCCACGAUUGGUUCACCGUCCACUAAUCCUUACAUUCUAAAAAUGCUUGGAAUCAGCAGAGCAUCAUCAGAAAAACGGUCAAAAAGCAUGGAAGAUCUUACCCUACUGAAAAGUGAGCAAGAAGAAGAGAAUCGGGAUGAUUCUGAUGAUGAAUAA